GGAAAAGCCCUACUUCAUACCAUUUCUUCAUGCAGAGGAUAUUAACGCAAGACAGAGGACACAAAUGUAAUACCAACAGGAAGCCGACCAGAUCACUACAGAGAAAGACACAGCUACAAGUCAACAGUUGACUGGCAGAAAUCUUCAGGUUUAAGUCGACAGAAUGCUGAUGAACCACACAAACCAAACAGAGGAUGACCUCUUCUCCUGCUACAGUCCUUCAGUUGUGGUCUACCGGUACUUCGCUGUGCUGUGGGGAUGUGCUGUGACCGUCACUGGUACGGUGGGAAACCUGAUGACCAUUAUAGCCUUCGCCUUAGACCCACGUCUGAGGACUCGCUUCAAUGUGCUCAUCGUCAACCUGGCGGUAGCUGAUCUGCUGUACUGCACCAUACUGCAGCCCAUCUCGGUUGACUCCUAUCUACACCUCAGAUGGCGCAGUGGUCAGCUCUGGUGCAGCAUCUUCGGCCUGCUCCUCUUCCUCUCCAACUCUGUCUCCAUUAUCACCCUCUGCCUGGUGGCAGUGGGCAGAUAUCUCCUGGUUGCAAAAAGGGCUGUGUUUGAGCGUGUCUUCUCAGACCGUGGUCUCAUUUUACUCCUGAUCUCAGCGUGGGCACUAGGCCUGGCCAGCUUUGGCCCGAUAUGGCCUGCUUAUGUGUUCGUGCCACAGGUGUGCACAUGCAGCUUCCAUCGGACCAGGGGUCGCCCCUACACCACCAUCCUCCUCUUUUUCUACUUUUUUAUCGGUCUGGGCUGCGUUGGUGUAUUCUACCUCCUCAUUUACAGGCGUGUCCAGAUCGCCUCACAGGCGCUUCUCCGCUACAGGUUCAGCCGACGAUCAUCCAGGACGAAACCACCUUCUUCUUCAGCACAAGGGACUGAUGACAGUGGUGUAGAGAGUGGCACGGCCAACACACACAGCUGUGAGAUGAGCAGCCAGGUGGACCUAGAACAAAAGAAGGAUGAGAUCACCUGUGACAAGAGCUCUGCCAAGGCCUCAAAUACAUCAGCAGCCAACAAGCCUCCCCCUGAAAUCAUCCCUACUCCACCUGUAACCAGAACUGCUCCCACCACUGCAGCAUCCUCUUCCAAAUCAGCGACUUCAGGAGAUGAUGGUGAAUUUAGACGUGUGACACGCAUGUGCUUCACAGUUUUUCUGUGUUUUGUGUUCUGCUUUGUCCCGUUCAUAUUGCUCAACAUAGCAGACAAAAAUAACCGCGCCCCACAGGUACUGCACAUGUUCUGCGCAAACCUCACCUGGCUCAACAGCUGUAUCAACCCCGUGCUCUAUGCUGUCAUGAACCGACAGUUUCGACAGGCCUACCACGUGCUGCUCACCAGGGCCGCUGCACCAUUCAUCAGCCUCUGGACCCGGUGGCGGGCUCUCUGAGAUCCUAAUUUCCUGAAACUCAUAUUUAAAAAUGUUUCUCCUGAUAUAAACCCAGUAUGAUAUUAUUCUCAAGAAAUACAAGAUAGACACAGUGCACCGUAUGUCAGCCACUAUUAACUUUUACGUAGAUUUCCUGUGUGAUUAAAUAGGCGAAAGAGGGGAAGAAGCUAGACAGGAUCUUAGAGCUCAUAUGGUAACAGAAGCACAGAUUGAAUUUGACAAAAAAACAUUUAUGUUUUAUCACCAACAUUUCAAGCUGCUCUAUUUCUUUCACAACCUCCAUGUCUUACUCUUUUGUUACCUGCUUUUACAGUAUGUAUUACAUAUGUUAUGUGUUAUGUUAUGUAUGUAAUAAAGUCUAUUUUGUAAUACAUAAUC